AUGACAACUCUUGCAGAUCCUUUAAACUUGAACAACCAACGCCGUCGAAGAUGGACUGAAGUUGCUGAACAAGUAGCUGAUAAGAUGGUACCACCUGUAGUUAUGUUCGGUGGCACCUUACUGCAAUUCACCACGUCCACAGCAAUCAGGUCCAUUUUGUUGCUCUUGGCCAUAGUAUGGUUAUUUAAAGAGAGCAGAAAGACUACUAAGGACAGUGCCUAUGAGGAAGCCGGUACCAAGACCGGUAAUGUUAAGGCAGAAGAGCCAAGGGAAGAUGACAAAUCAAAGGAAGUGGCCAAUAUUGCCAGUGUUGAAAAAUCCAAGACCAUCCCAGACUUGUUCCCAUCGAUAACCGACGUUAUCAUUCAAACAGACGGUGUCACAGCCAAGUCCUGCUCCACUGGCUUGACCACAAGGCUCUUACCUUUCAAGAACAAGAACGGGGAAAUCGAAUGGGCGUUCACUGACGACCUGUCGCUCCCUGGAUCCGAACUCGACGUAUUCAAGAUCAAGUCUGACUCUAUUAGUAAUCAGUUGGAUAAGGAAGGAAAGCCAGAGAGAGAUGUACUUACUCCAACCACUUCGAACUCAUCUAACUCAGACUCUAUCAUAGAGAACGGUCAGUAUCGUAACAUCCAGAAGCUUGAUGACACCCCUUUGACCAACAACUCGUCCUUUUCCGAGGGUGAAGAAGAUGACAAAGGAAAGACUUCGAGUGGAGGAGAACAGGAUGGAACCGUACACCAAUGUCCUCACUGUGAUGUUAGCUUCAAGAUCAGAGGCUACUUGACUCGUCAUUUGAAGAAGCACGCUGUCAAGAAAGCAUACCUGUGCCCCUUUUACAACUACAGCAUCUACGUUGAUGAGAACAACCUCACACACAAGUGCCACCCUAACGGAGGGUUCUCCAGAAGAGAUACCUACAAGACACACUUGAAGUCUAGACAUUUCAAGUAUCCUAAGGGAGUUAAGACCAAAGAAAGAACAAAUUCUCCUGGAUACUGUGGAAUGUGCAAUGAAUACUUCCCUAACAGCGAAAUAUGGUGCGAGAUUCACAUUGAAGGUGGUGAAUGUAGACACUUGCCUACUGGGUUCAAGGGAAAGAGUAGAAUCAAGAACAAGUUAAGAAAGGAGCAAAGACAAAGAAUGAAGGAGAACGGUAAGCAACAGCUUGUCGAAGGCAACAUGAGCGCUGCUCUUUUAACCUCCCCUUCAAAGACUCCUUCUAACUAUGAUACUCCACAAUCCUAUGCGUACUACCCACAGGUGAACUCGGGGUUGGUUCCAAACAAUAAUACCAACUCACCUGCCUUAUCAUCAAAUUCUGACAUGGCGUUCAACUAUGUUAACACACCUAAUUCGCUACCAUCUACUACAUACCCUAUUCCCUCGCCUCCUAACAAGGCCACAGUUGAAAUCAACUAUGGGCAGAUGAAUAUGCAGCAACACCAAUAUGCAAAUCAACUCCAACACCAGCAAAUGAACAUUCAACAGCAACAAAGCCAGCAACAGCAACAGCCAUUCCUCCAGUUUGACCAAUUUCAACACGGUCUGGUAGUUCAUAAUAGCUUGGCUGAAGACUACGAUGAUGAAUAUUGCUUGGAUGUUGAUCAAUUGUUUGUUAGCAACUCUAACCUCAACCAAGUGAACACUGCAAUUAGCGGGGAAGCUUACUUUUAA